AUCUUUUUUUUAUACUGAAAAGGACAGCAGCACGGGUUGCAGCUCAACCAAAUCAAACACACAAAGAUGCAAGGCUCCGCCUUGGAGAACUUUGAGGAUGCAUUAGUCAUCUAUCUGACGGACACACAGCAAAAUGAACGAAGAUGGAAGUCCUAACAAGAUAGGAACCCAAAUCUAGGGGCGCGGCCAGCCAUCUAGGUGACCACGCGGGGGGCGGCCAGACGGCCAAGCGGAGGCGGGCGGGGGUCAGCGGCCAGCUUCUACAGAGGAACGGCGAGGACGGAGCCAGGCAACGGCGCGACGCACGCAGGACGCGAGACCUCCGCCUCGUCGACCGCUUGUUCGGGCUUGUUCGGAGCUAGGCGAAGUCGAGCUCCUGUCUUGUUCAUUGGAAGCUUUAUUUAAGAGUGUUUCCAAUGAGCUCGUGUUCCUUGGCCACCACGGCCGCGAUGAGGCGGGGCCGGAGGGAGACGGGGCGAGCAAGUCGCGGCGGCAGCGAGGACUGAAGGCCGAGAUCUGGGGCAGGGCAAGGAGAGGGCGAGGUGCGACAGGAGAGGUAGGGAGGAACCACUCACAACUCGAUUGCAUAAAAAACUCGGGUCCGGAAGCUGGUUCCUGUCUGACGACGCUGUACUCAAGCCACACGUCGUUCGAGCUGUGGCGGACUGCCCGUGAAGCGCGGGGAGAAGCUCAAACUCCACCGGGUUUUAAUAAAAGGGGACUACAAGAUUGAUUUUGAUGGAUUAUGACAAGUCUAGAAGAAGUAACUCCAAAAAGAGGAGACAUUCCAAUUCUGAUGACGGAAAGAGGAAACGGUUGAGCUCUAGGCAUGAUGACACAUCUAUGUCCUCUGAGCCAAUUGAAACCAUCUACAGGAUAUUGUGCCCGGCAAAAAAGAUAGGCAGUGUCUUGGGAAGAGGUGGUGACAUUGUUAAGGCCCUUAGAGAGGAAACUAAAGCCAAGAUAAGGGUUGCCGAUUCCAUUCCUGGUGCAGAUGAGAGAGUAAUUAUCAUCUUCAAUUACCAAAAUCAACCUGAACUUACUGAUGAAGCAGCUGAAAAACAAAUUAGUGAUGGCUUAGGGAACAUGAAACCCCAUUGCUUUGCCCAAGAUGCCUUAUUGAAGAUACAUGAUAAGAUUGUGGCUGAUGAAAUUUAUGAUGAAGUCGCUCAUGAUGAAAGUUCUGAUGAUGUCACUGCUCGAAUUUUGGUUCAAGGCAAUCAAGUUGGCUGCCUUCUAGGAAAAGGUGGCUCCAUUAUACAACAACUACGAAGUGAUACUGGUGCUGGGAUCCGUGUCUUGUCAUCUGAAAACCUUCCCCAGUGUGCACUUCAAAGUGAUGAACUGGUGCAGAUAUCUGGAGCACCAUCUCUUGUAAGAAAAGCUCUAUAUGAAAUAUCUACUCGUCUCCAUCAGCAUCCUCGUAAGGAAAAUAGACCUCUUGAACAAAUAAUAGAUGCAAGCACACAAAGGAAACACGAGUCUCCAACACUGCAACAUGAAAAUCCAAUGUUGCCGCACCUGCAUAGUCAUCAUCCACCUCCAAUACCCCUGCUUGACCCAUACAGAAGUGGACCUCAGUAUCCUGUUAGUGAAACUGAAGAGUUUUCUAUCAGAAUCCUAUGUGCUUCUGAGCUCAUUGGUUCAGUUAUUGGGAAAAGUGGGGCUAAUGUUAGGCGGGUAGAGCAGCAGACUGGUGCUCGCAUUAAAGUUCAAGAGAUUGACAAAGAUGCUUCUGGAGAAAGGCUGAUCAUUGUUUCAUCUAACGAGAUACCAACUGAACCAAUAUCCCCAACAAUUGAGGCACUCAUUUUGCUCCACGAUAAAGUAAGUGCAUCCUCUGAGAAACACCAUUCAAGUACAAGGCUUGUUGUACCAUCAAACAAAGUUGGCUGUAUUCUUGGGGAAGGUGGGCAGGUGAUUACUGAAAUGAGAAGACGAACUGGGGCUGAAAUUCGAGUUUACUCGAAGGCAGAUAAACCAAAAUACUUGUCUUUUGGUGAUGAACUUGUGCAGGUUGCAGGGCCUCCAGCUAUUGCAAGAGGAGCCCUCACAGAGAUUGCUUCGAGGCUUAGAACUAGGACUUUGAGAGAUACAAGUACUGCCAAUAAUCCUCCACCUUUUGCCCCUUCCGAUGAUCCUACUGUCGAUAUGCCUAGCAGAAAAUUAACACUAUAUGGAGGGCCUACCAAUGAUACACCGUAUGGAAGGCCUGCCAAUGAUCCACUGUAUGGAAGGCCUGCCAUUGAUCCACCAUUUGGAAGACCUACCAACGAUCGACCAUACGGAAGGCCUGCCAUCGUUCCACCAUUUGGAAGACCUACCAAUGAUCCACCAUAUGGAAGGCCUGCCAAUGAUCCACCAUAUGAAAGGCCUACCAAUGAUCCACCAUAUGGACGACCUUCCAGUACUAUAGCAUAUGGAAGACCAAACAGAAGUGCACCUCGUGAUCCUUCAGAUGCAUAUCCUGUAGACUACUUCUCUAAAAGAGAACAUCCUAGUGGAGGCCCUAUGUUUACUAGUAAUGCCCCAUCAGCUGCUUAUGAGAGAUAUGCAGCACCCACACACUUUCCUACUAGAGAACCUCCCUCAACUUUCAGUCAUCGUUCCUAUCGUGACCACAUGCCUACUGAUAGCUACUCUAGUAGGGGUACACAGAAAUUAGACAUCACGAGAGAUGGAAAUUCAGAUGCUUAUGAUUAUACAGAGGCUGCUGGACAAAUUCAUGGACUGGAGGACUAUAGAGGACUGCCAAGUGCUUCUGGAAGGUUCUCGAGCACUAUUGAACUAAGGAUUCCAAAUAGUUCUUUGGAGUCUAUUGUUGGUGUUGGCGGGGUCAAUUUAGCAGAGAUACGUCAGAUUUCUGGUGCAAGACUGAGGCUACAUGAGGCUCAUGCUGGUUCUUCUGAGUCUGUGGUGGAGAUCCAGGGCACACUGGACCAAGCAAAAGCUGCGCAGAGCCUCCUGGAGGGCUUUAUCAGCGCGAACAGCAGGCAGCAGCAAUCCCAUUCUUCUCGCAUGCCACUUUACCCAAGAUGGGGAUAGCUUCUGGUUGUGGCAGGGGAAAACCGAGUCAGCAGGGUUGGCUGGAGUUAUCUCAGACUGCAGAUUAGAUGCAUCGAUGAUGUUAAUGGUAGCUGUUUAAAUUGACCGUGCAAGCAUGAUAACUUAUAUUAUGCCAUAGGACAAGUAAUGCUGAUUCUCUCAUGAAAUACUAAGUGACAAGCUGUCUCUGUAGUUGUAUUUGUUUCUGAAUGUUUGAACCCUACUGUUACAACGGCUGCUAUUUUAGGUCAGAUUUCAGAGGCCGGAUAAUUAUGUUAUCUGCAGAGUUGGGCCAAAAAAAAAAGCUCAAUCUGGUUGA